AUGCCGAUCCCGGACUUCGCCAACGAGGCCAUCUUCCCGGCCUUUGACGGCCUCCCCAUCGAGGACGCCGGCGCCGCCGACCCGCCCUCGUACGCCGCGUCCUCCGAGCCCCCGUCCUACGUGCCGCCGCCGCCCCCGGACCCGCCGUCCUACUCGGACUCACAGUCCUCCGCAUCUGCCGCCACGACGUCCCUGAUCGACACGGCGGCCACGACGCCAGCCGCCACCUCCGCCACCGCCGUCAAGGAGGAUUGGAAGACGCACAAGAACGACUGCAAGAUUCUGAAGGGUAUGGUGAACGCGUGGGGCUUGUGA